CACAGCUCUUCGAAACAGCUGAUCUUGUGGCUUCUGCACGAUGUAAGGCCAGUGUGGUAUCGAUCGUGGGUACAACACGAUAUCGACCGAAAUUUAAGUGGCUACCUGUCAGAGUAUUUUCCAGCCACCUAGACUUGGAAAACGCCGAACACCAGGCUACGCUACGUCGCCAACUGCCACACCACUGGCUCUGGUAUAAGUGGAUAAAAUGGCCCGAAUUGAAAAAUUGAAAACUGACAAGAAAAUAAUGGCUUCAAACAUAACAGGAGUAGUAAAGUGGUUCAACGUCAAGAGUGGAUACGGAUUUAUCAAUCGGAGUGAUACAAAGGAGGAUAUUUUUGUCCACCAGAGCGCGAUUCUCAAAAACAAUCCCAAUAAGUGGCAGCGUUCCGUUGGUGACGGCGAGCAAGUGGAGUUUGAUGUCGUUCAAGGUGAAAAAGGUUUGGAAGCCAUGAAUGUGACUGGACCGAACGGGAGCUUUGUCCAAGGUAGCAAAUAUGCAGCAGACAAACGAGGUUAUCGAUCUCGGUCAUUCAGUAGACCGAAAUCUUGUCAGUUGAUUUGUGGCAAACCAGUUGGUCUGGCGCUACCGAGAUGUCAAUCGCAUAUUUUCACACGCUCAUCGUCCCGGGAUUCAAGAGGGGAUCCACGAUACAAUGAUUUAGGAUUUGAGGGUGACGGGUAUAGCACAAGCGUCCCCAGAAUCGCACGCAACCAAUUUUUUUCACAGCAACCGGCGUUGAUGCCGAUUUUGCCAUUCCAUCAAAAUGUAUUUUUGGCCCGAAGGCCACCGAACAUGCGUCCGAGUCUUGCAUACCGUGGAGCCUACUUCGGGCCACCUGUCUUUUUCGGCUACCGUAGGGGAGCAAACUUGCUGAGGAGGAGAUUUGCAUCUGGUUAUGAGGCAGUGAACAAUCGUCCCAACACAGUUCGUCCAGGUCCUGUGGCAGCGGCGCCAAUAAACGGUGGUCCACGGUAUCCCCUAAUUGCCUACGCUGCCAACCGACGAGAUGUGCCCGUGUUAUCUUUCACCUGUGGAUUUCCUUCCGUAUACAGAGGUGGUAAAGGAUUUCGAGGUAGAUUUGGGGCCAGCAUGGGCCGCGGACGAGGAGCAUCAGCAGGUGGUCCGUUUGGAUUACCAAGAACAAGAGAGUUAAACAAACCGAUCAUCGUCGCCACAGCCAAAUCAGGAGGCAGCCCCGUCGAGCAGGAGACGCCCGUCGUUUCGAAAGAGCCGGAAGCGAAAAACACAGAUGCAGAACAGAAGAAAGAGAAAGUGCAAGUAGAGAAAGAGCAAAAUGAGGGAAGAGAAGUAGAGAAUAAGUUAAUGAGCUCGGUGAGAAAUGACAAAAAGCUGUCCGAGGCACCCACAACGCCUAAAGUUGAAGCAAGCGGUGAUACGGCGGAAGAAGUACUGCCGAUACCAGAGCAAGAGAUCGAGAGCAAAGAAGUCGCUGAAGACAUAUCACCCAAAUGUGUGAAAACACUUGAAAAAUUGGAGGACGCGAAAAUCUCCGACACCUUAUCAGAUACCACGAUUUUAGAUCACAAUACAGAAAUCCUUUGUCGGUGAAACGCUAGUUCCUGUACGCCGGCUAGUUCCGUUUCUGUCGUCGUUCGACUUUCUGUGGAAGAAGUUCGUUACGUUUGGAUCAUCUUCGAGUGAACACGUUGGUUGAACAGCAUUCGUUGCGGAGAAUUAUGUCAAUUGCCCAACGGCUAACUGUGUGCCGUAUGUUGUAUAGUUCAUCGAAUUUUGGCUGUGAUACUGAUCAUCCGAAUGUUCCGAAGAGAAUCUAUCAUUCUCUGGUUU